AUGCUGCCUGACCAUUUCACAUUUGGAAGUGCUUUAAAGGCUUGUGGAGCAGUGAGUGUGCUCUCCAACGUGGAGCUAAUACACACUUGCAUCAUCAAGCUGGGUUAUCCGGAUGGCAAGAUUGUUACUGCGUCACUUAUUGAUUCUUAUGCAAAAUGUCAGAGUUUGAGCAGUGCAAGGGUGAUAUAUGACUCCAUGUGUGAACCAGACCUCGUUUCAUCUACUGCACUGAUCAUUGGGUACUCUAUGGAUAGAAACCACAGCGAAGAUGCAAUAAAGCUCUUCUGUAAGAUUCACCGUAAGGGUUUAAAAAUCGAUGGUGUUCUGUUAAGUUCUUUGCUUGCUAUUUGUGCUAAUACAGCAUCAAUAAAAUUUGGGACACAAGUUCAUGCUUAUAUGAGCAAGAAGCAACCUAUGGGUGAUGCAGCAUUGGACAAUGCUCUAGUUGACAUGUACGCGAAAGCUGGUGAAUUUGCCGAUGCUAGGCGUGCUUUUGAUGAAAUGCCCCACCGAAAUGUGAUUUCUUGGACUUCACUUAUUACUGCCUGUGGGAAAAAUGGUUUCGGAGAAGAUGCUGUGACCCUUUUUGACAGGAUGGCGGAGGAUGGUGUAAAGCCAAAUGAUGUGACAUUCCUUGCUCUUCUGUCUGCUUGUAGUCACUCUGGUCUUAUGAACAAAGGGAUAGAGUAUUUCACUUCCAUGAUGAGCAAGUAUGGUAUCAAUCCAAGAGCGGAGCAUUAUAGCUCUGCUAUUGACCUUCUUGCUCGUGGAGGUCAGUUGGAAGAUGCAUGGAAGCUUGUUCAGAAGAUGAACGCUGAACCCAGCUCAUCAAUGUAUGGUGCCAUGCUUGGAGCUUGUAAAAUACAUGGAAAUGUGCCUCUUGGAGAAACUGCAGCCAAGAAUCUUUUCAGUAUAGAUCCUGAGAGCUCUGUAAACUAUGCUGUUCUUGCAAAUGUGUAUGCAGAAUCAUGUCUAUGGGAAAAUGCUCAGAGAACCAGAAAAUUAUUGGCCGAAACAUCCAGUGGAAAAGAAGUUGGUUGCAGUGUCAUAUGA